AUGAAGUUGCUUUCUUCAACUUCUAUGUCGGCCGUGGUAGCCACCGCGCUGGCUUCGCCUUCGGUGACCAUUGAUGCGGGCAACAUCCAAGGUGGAAUGUGCAGCGGAGGGCAAGGUGUGGCCUACUACAAGGGCAUUCCAUUCGCGGAACCGCCUGUCGGGGACCUGCGGUUCCAACCUCCCCAAGCCUACAACAAGAAGUACACAAAUGGAGUGCUCAACUCAACUGGAUCAGCUCCAACUUGUAUCCAAUUUGGAACUCAAACCGUGCCCGAUGGACCGAAAUCCGAAGAUUGUCUUUACUUGAAUGUUUGGGCCCCAUCCGAUGCCACCAAAGACUCACAAUUGCCCGUCAAGGUUUUUGUUUUCGGUGGAUCUGACACUGAAGGUGGCAUUGAGUACCCUCUGUAUGACGGCUGUAACUUGGCCGAGAAGGACACAGUUGUCGUAUCACUGAACUACAGACUGGGGCCUCUCGGCUUUUUGGCCCUUGACAGUGCUGGAAUUCACGGUAACCAGGGAAUUCAAGAUCUUAUUGUUGGAUUUGAAUGGGUCCAGAAGAGCAUCUCUGCCUUUGGCGGCGACCCCGUUCUCGCUUUCGGACAGUCAGCUGGUGCAACAGACGUUUACACUAUCGCGACUCUUCCUCGGGCACCAUCUCUCUUCAAGAGUGCCAUCGUGGAAUCGAUUGCCCUUCCCCAAUUGACAAACAAAUCGGUUGCCCAAAAGCUCGGUGUCUCAAUUGCCAAACAGCUUAAAUGCGGUGUCAAGGAUAAAUCAUGUCUUCAAUCGGUAUCCUCGGCCGAUCUUCAGAAGGCAUUCUAUUCUAACACAUAUAUGAACUCGGGGGUCGGGGGACUCGAGGGAAUUGGUAAUUCCAACAGCCAGACGCCGGAAUUCUGGCCAAUCGUGGACGGCAAAGUUAUCAAAGAAAAUCCUCUGACUCGCGGAGCACAAGUUCCUACAGUCUUCGGUUUCAACCAACUGGAGGGCGCUUUGGAUGCUAUCGGAAAAUGGCCAUCACCUAAGCUCAUUGCGAACCUCACGGCAGCCGAUUACAAGAACUUCCUCCGCGGAGACUGGGGCGCUGCAGCUUCCACGAUCGAGAAAUACUACCCAUUCUCUGAAUUUGAAUCCGCUGUCAAGAAACUCGGACUGUCGGCCGGGUCUGCUGUUUUUGAGGCUGUUGCACGAGUUCUUACAGACGCACAUUUCAAAUGCCCUACAUACGAGAGUGCUGUCGCAUCCGCACGUAACGGCCACCCUGUCUGGGCCUAUGAAUUCACUCACAACUCCACCUGUGCGUGGUUGGACACUCUCACUGCUCUCGGAGACGAUGUAUCAUUCAUUGGCGCCGCCCAUACGGCUGAGCUUCCAUUCGUUUUUGGCAAUAUGAACUUCACAUAUCCCAGCAAGAACUAUACCUGCAACAGCUCGCAAGCUGAGCAGACUAUGAGCAAGGAGAUGAUCGGCUUAUGGACUGCGAUGGCGGAUGAAGGCAAGCCCUCGACUGAUACUAUUCAAUGGCCGGAGUUCAAGAUCACAACAUCGGGCGCGAAUACCCCGGGAAUGAUCUUCGGUAACUCGAGUACCGCUGGCCCAAUUGAUUUUUCCGUCUGCAAGCUUUGGGCUCAAAUCACUGCCAAGCUGGAUGGAAGCAAUACCACCGUCGCGGCAUUGUCGCCUUCUAGCAGCAGUUCAAAGCAUGCGGCAUCACCAACUAGUGCUUUUUCUAGUGGCGAAAAAGCUGCUCCCGCUUCAAUGAGCCUGUUGAUCUAUUUGGGUACCCUCACGAUGGGAGCGACUAUGCUGUUGUGA